UGUGAAAGAAAGCCUCCCUCUAAAUAUAUAAUCAGUAGUACCCCCUUUGUGGGUUAGUACACAUAAUCCACUCCACUCAUCUAAUAAUCAAUCAAUCAUGAAGGAAUCCUCAAAGGUGGUAUCAGGAGGAGGAGGAGGCUGGAGGCCAUUGACGGCCAAGUACUGUUGCUCCGCCGAGGAUCAGACCAUCUUCGGUGGCAACUUCACCCGAUGUCGCAGUACUUCUACUACUAAUUCCUCCAAGAGUAUCGGCCCUCUGCCCUCCUUCCGACGCCUCUCCUUCUCCGACCUCAGCCACUCUUCCUCCGCCCGUAUCGCCGAGGACUUGGCCCAUUCCUUCGGCCCGGACUUGUUCGAUUUUCAGUUGAGUGAACUUCGUGCCAUAACACAGAAUUUCUCUGGCCAUUUCUUGCUAGGAGAAGGAGGUUUUGGCACUGUACAUAAAGGCUAUGUAGACGAUAACUUGAGGCCCGGGCUCAAGUCUCAAGCUGUAGCCGUCAAGUUACUUGAUAUCCAAGGCUUGCAAGGCCACCGCGAAUGGCUCGCGGAGGUUAUAUUCUUGGGGCAGCUUAGACAUUCAAACUUGGUAAAGCUGAUUGGAUAUUGCUGCGAAGAUGAAGAUAGGCUUCUUGUUUACGAGUUCAUGUCCAGAGGCAGCCUCGAAAACCACUUAUUCAAGAGGCUACUCUCGGUUUCACUCCCGUGGGGGACGAGAUUGAAGAUAGCGUUAGGGGCAGCUAAAGGCCUGGCCUUUUUGCACGGGGCAGAGACACCUGUCAUAUAUCGUGAUUUCAAGACAUCCAACAUCUUGUUGGAUUCGGAUUUCAAUGCUAAACUGUCAGAUUUUGGACUUGCCAAAAUGGGACCUGAAGGAUCAAAGUCUCAUGUAACAACUAGGGUCAUGGGUACAUAUGGAUAUGCUGCUCCUGAAUAUGUCAGUACAGGGCACCUGACGACAAAGAGCGAUGUAUAUAGUUUCGGAGUAGUGCUGCUAGAACUACUAACCGGGAGGAGGGCAACAGACAAGACCCGGGCAAAGGCAGAGCAGAAUUUGGUGGACUGGUCAAGGCCCUACCUGACUAGCAGCCGAAGACUGCGUUGUAUAGUGGACCCAAGACUCGCUGGACAAUACUCGGUCAAAGCAGCUAAAGAAAUGGCUCUCCUAGCACUGCAAUGUGUUAGUCUAAACCCUAAAGACAGGCCAAAGAUGCCUGCCAUUGUUGAGGCUCUCGAAGCUCUCCAAAACCUAAGGGACAUGGCUAUUAGCUGUGGGCAAUGGCCUGCUGCUGCUACAGCUAAAGGGAGGAUAGAGACUGGGAGUGUAAUCUAUUGGAAACACUCUGCAGCAGCACAACAUCCUAAGAGCAAAUGAAUCU